UCACCUCGCAACCCCUCAAGAUUCGUCAAGAUGGGUCGCCGUCCAGCAAGAUGCUACCGCUACUGCAAGAACAAGCCGUUUCCCAAGUCUAGGUACAACCGUGGUGUGCCUGACCCCAAGAUCCGUAUCUACGAUCUUGGACGCAAGAAGGCGUCUGUCGACGACUUCCCCUUCUGCGCCCACAUGGUCUGCGACGAGCACCAACAGAUCACCUCGGAAGCUCUCGAAGCCGCUCGUAUUUGCGCAAAUAAGUACAUCACCAAGACCAGCGGAAAGGACUCUUUCCACAUGCGUGUUCGUGUCCACCCCUUCCACGUCAUCCGUAUCAACAAGAUGCUUUCCUGCGCUGGAGCCGAUAGACUCCAAACCGGUAUGCGUGGUGCCUACGGCAAGCCCUACGACACCGUUGCCCGUGUCGACAUUGGACAGGUUUUGCUCUCCGUUCGUUGCCGCGAAGCCAACAGGCCCGUCGUUCUCGAGGCUCUCCGUCGCGCUCGUUACAAGUUCGCUGGUCGCCAAAAGAUCAUUGUCUCCAAGAAGUGGGGUUUCUGCUCCAUUUCUCGCGAGGAGUACGUUGCUAGGCGCGACGAGAACCGUAUUCUCAAGGACGGUUGCUACAUGCAAUUCCGCAACGACCGCGGACCUCUUGCUGCCAACUUGAAGCUCGAGGCCCGUAUCGCUGCGCAGAAGUAA